AUGUCCUCCUCUAGGGUGGCCCUCUCCAUGUACCGGCGGGUGCUGAAGAUUCUGGCGUCCAUUCGCUCUGUGGGGGCCGAGCAGCUGGCGCUGGAGCGCUACGCCGAGUUUCUUCCCCCAACCAUGCAGGUGGCGAAGGGGGAGUCGCCUCUUGUGCUCGCCCGUAGGGCCUUCCUUAGCGCCACUGUGGGUGCGGAAAGUUUGACUCGCGGCUUCGCCUUCAUCAAGGACGCCACGGCGUCUGUGCACGACUUGGAGCUGCUCGCGCUUUGGGAGGCCUACAGCCGCGACGGCGAGUACGAGAUGCUGCACGGGGUCGCGCUUGUGAGCGCUGCGCUGCGGCACGCCGAGAAGGCAGAGGCAGCGCGGCUGGGGGAGUUGGCGGCCACCGUGUCGCGCAUACGACGUCAGCUGCGGCAGGUGGUGGAGGAAAUGAAGGAGGUGGUGGCGGUGGCGGUGGCGACUCCCUCACCGUCCUUUGCACGGCGGCAGACGUGGAACACGCGUCUAGCGUCCCUGGCAGCCGCCGUGGAGUCGUUGCGGAAACGUGGCUUUGCGGUGAGUGAGAGGGUUGCGGCGGACUUCACCGCGCUGAGCCUCCUGCGCAGGGGGCGGGCGUCGGUGCUUCUUCUCAACGUCCUCCUCACGGUGGUUCUCCGCGAGUUGGGAGUCCUGUGCACGUUGGUUGGGACGGAGUCGCAUCGGCCGUGGGUACGCGUCCAGCGAGAAGGCGGCCGUCCGCACUUUCUGUCGUUUGCGCACACUGGCGUGCACUCGGCGACGGAGGUGAUGCGGCUGAAGGGACAUCCACCAACGUCGACGCAGUGGUGGCGCGCGGCGCGGUGGGAUGGGGGCAGCCGCAAACACGUCCUCUCGAGAAUGCUCGGGAUGCAGCUGAUGUUGCUCUCGUCCUCCGCAGAGUCUCCACUGCGCACACGGCAAGUGAAGGCGUGUCGAAUCCAGAUACUUUUUCUCUUGUCCUGA